AUUACUCCAGAUUCCUGGGGAGGAAACGGAUGCCCAGAAGGGCAGUUUCCUGCCAGUCUCACACCUACGAGGUGGCAGCUCUGACCUCAGAGCCCAAGUUCUAACCUCCCUAGAGUCAGGUAGCCUCUAACAGGCAUGCCUGAGGACAAACAACUGUGCCUCAGUUUUCUCAGCUGCAAAUGGGGUUGUGAAUCAAAUGAGAAAGUGGGUAUACAGGCCUUCCUAGGGAGCUAGACACUGGGAGGUGCCGAGCGUUUCCGCAGCCUCUCUAAAGCCACAGGCCAGCACCGUCUCCAGGCCGGGACCACCCCUCACUCUGCCCCUGACUCAGAAGAGCUGACUUAGCCAGGCUCUGGGAAAGGCAAGUCACCCUGGGCCUUUAAUGAACUCAGAGGAGGCAGGAAUCCUCAGGGCUUUGGACAAGCCAGAAGGGACCAGACUACGAGGCCUUGUCCCUGCCACAGCACCGCAUUGUCCCCACCCUUUCUUAGUGCUGAUGCCCACUCAUGGCCCCUGUAAACCCUGGAGGCUGAUUCUCAGUCCCUUCCUCUGUUCUGUGCACACAUGGGGAGGGAAAAGGUGGCUCCUGGCUGAGCUCAAAUUCUCCUGAGAUAGAGAGGGAAGGAAUUGGGCUGUAGGCUAAAAAAAGGUUGCUCCUUUGGAACAGUAAUGCUUAGUGAAAAAUCAGUAUACAGAGUGGUAGGGGGAAAAAAGUCCCUCUCAGCUUUGUGAUGGGCUUGGACGACCCAAGGAGACAGAUGCUGCCAGCAAGAGCAUGUCAUGCCCGGUUCAGACCUGAUCUCUGUGUGCCCCCGCCCCCCAAGUGAAGAUAACACACGGAGAGCCUCCACACAACCCCUCAGGAGGCCUGGAGUCUCCACAUGCUGUCCUCUGUAGCAUUCCAGAAGUCACCAAAAUUUCAAAGCUGGUUGACUGAUUCAAAGCUCUUACUUGUGCCAAGCCUCACUCUGGGCACUGGGGAUACAGCAGUGACCACAGAUGCUAAUCUCAGGGAGCUCACAGUCACGUGGGCCAGAUCAACAAGUAAAUCAGCUAAUUAAAACGCAGUGAUAAGUGUCAUCCUGGAGCCACACUUGGGGCUAUGGUGCACGGAGGAGGGAACCCUGCCCAGCUGUGAAGGUCACUUCCCUGGCACGUGUGGCAUCCCAGUGAGACCUGAUGCGGGAGAAGCAGCCAGCCCUAUGAGCUGUGAGGAGACAGUGUUCCGGACCUCGGAGCUGGAGGAGACACUGAAGAUGAUCUGGCCUCCAAGCCUAGGGAGGGGCCUACACACCGGCCCAGUCCAAAGACCUGUCUGGGCUGCGGGACACCCAGGGCCCGAGAGGCAGACGGUGAAGGAAGGGAGGGUCACCCUAGCCUCAUUCAUGCAGUGAAGAGAGGACACCCGAAGGGUCGCCAGGGAAGCCUGGCAUGGUAAGGGGGUGCCCUCUCACAGCCAGUCGAAAUCCUCCCCAUCCCUGGGGGCCCCAGCCAGCCCCUCCUCCCACCCCAGGCCGGUCGGUGAACUUUUUCUGCACCCUACCCUCAACAGACAAGUUAGGGCCUCGGGACCAGGAAGUAGUGCCCUCGGGUUCUGAAGUCGGCUAUACCACUGACUCAGACUGUGAUCUCCUGCAAGAGCGCGCCCCUCUCUGAGCCUCAUUUUCCCCGUCGGAAAUAUGGGACUUCCGGCCACCCACCCCCAUCCCGCUCUGGCUAUGGGACUCUGGGACAUCGAGAGACGGGCUUUUGUUCUCGGGCGAGUUCGACAGGACUGAGACCACAAAUGCCAGCUAGACUGGGUUCCCCCCCGCCCCCCCCCGCCCCCCCCCCCCCGUCCCAUUCCCUAGAGAUUCCGGAACGCGGCCCACAAUGCCCUUGAGAAACUACAUUUCCCGAUAUGCAAAGGGAAGGCGGUGCCUGCCUGUCUCGGGCGACGUGGUCCUGAACCGGCCUAAGGACUACGACUCCCGGCGUACCCCGCGGCCCAAGGCCAGAAGGGCCCGGAUCCGGAACCGGAUGAGCCUUGCUGCUCCAGUGCCCGCAGCGCUGGGGAAAUGGCCACGGGAACAGACCAGGUGGUGGGACUCGGCCUCGUCGCCGUUAGCCUGAUCAUCUUCACCUAUUACACCGUCUGGGUGAUUCUCUUGCCAUUCAUCGACAGUCAGCAUGUCAUCCACAAGUAUUUCCUGCCCCAAGCCUAUGCCGUUGCCAUCCCACUGGCUGCUGGCCUCCUGCUGCUCCUGUUUGUGGGCGUGUUCAUCACCUACGUGAUGCUGAAGAAUCAGAAGGUGACCAAAAAGGCCCAGUGAAGGCCCAGCACGGAUGAGGCUGCCGGCCCCUUCUCUGCUUCUUCUCCAGCGCAGACCAAGGGUGGGGGCCCAGAGGACCCAUCCAGGCACUGAGGGCCCCUCAAGCCUGGCUACCCUGCAGACACCCUUGUGGGAUGGAGCUGCUCAGGACUCACCCCUGACUGACCAGAGCCCCUGCUCACCCUUCCAGAAGCCAGGAGGGAGGAGUCCCUGGAAGUCUCGCUCUCACCCUCUUCAGGUUCAGGGCCUGGAAAACGCCGGUCCUCCCCACCUCACUUUUCAGACUCCCUGUCGCUUUUUCCUCUGGCUUCUACACUCUUGCCUCAGUUUCCCUCAUGUCACAUGCUGUUGCUGGACUUGGCAGGUUCUGGGGCGUCACGAGACCUCUCCCCCCAUGUCCUGCUCCUCUACAAAGGCAGCUUUCCCGGGUCUGACAUACCCCAGACCCCACAAGGAUUUCUGGACCUGGAAAGCCUAGGGGGAGGCCUGACAGGCCCCAGAGCCCAUUAGGGUGGCCACACGGGGGGCCCCUGGAUUGACCGCUUCUCACGGAGGCCCAGCCCCCCAGCCUCAGUGCUGGCCUGUUGGGGAGAGCUGAACAAUAAACGGUGGUGGUGUGUU